AUGACUCCAAAACUCCUGGAAGGCAGCCUGUUACCUGCUAUCGCGUCCGAUGAUAGCUAUGGUGGAUCAGUCCCAUCACUCGACCAUGACAGCGACGAAGAACUGCAAAUUCAAGCUGAAUCUCUCGACAUCGUGGAGCACGUAACAUCUCCAGACCAGGCAACCAUGCACACCGCUCUUGGUGAUUUUGGUCUCACCUUAUAUGCCAUGGGGAUGGCCAGUAAGCCUGCAGAUCCAGGCUCGAGAUCUGACCUUUUUCGUAAGAAGAGCAGAAUCAACGGCGUAAUCCGGGGCCUCAGCGAGCUGCACCCUGACAAUUUCAACCUUCCGCCAGGCACCCUUGCCAACCGCCUCGUGGACCUCUUUUUUGAGCAUGUCCACCCUCUAUAUCCUUUUGUUCAUCGACCAAGCUUCAUUAAGCGCCUCAAUGAGACCUAUAGCGGGAUGCAACGGGAAAUCGACGUCCCGUGGCAGGCCACUCUGAAUCUUGUCUUUGCCUUCGGAUCCGAUUACUUGGACCUUACCCUUACUGAAACCUAUGCAAUGGGCCGGUGUUUUCUACAGCAUGCCACCGAAUUAAUUCUUUCUGUCUGCUUCGACACGUCUACUCUCGAAGUCGUGCAGGCACUGUUACUGCUGAGCUGCCACUUGCAGAGUAACAUGCAGUACCAGAGGGUCUGGACGAGUAUAGGGACUCUAUAUCGGGCUGCCCAGGGCCUCGGGCUGCACAUGGACCCUGGAUCAUGGCGCAUCAGUUCCAUCGAGAAGGAAAUUCGAAGGCGAAUAUGGUGGGGUAUUUAUUCCCUGGAUCGAUUCACCAGUCUGAAGUGCGGCCGUCCGCCCGCUGUCAACAUUGAGUCUCUGCCGGUCGAGCCGCCAGCCGUAGUACGAGACGAGCAAAUUACCGAAGCAGGCAUCACAGGAUUGGUCCAGGACACUGGUAUUCCUUGUUCGUCUCAUUUUUUCAAUGCCAUGGUUCAGCUAGCCCACAUCGCUGAGUCUAUCCUGGUCUCCAUUUCCAAAGACACGCCCUGGUCACUGCCGGGCCGCAACACAAAUGUCGCAGAGGCGACUGAUUUGGAACCAAUUCACUUCAUCAUUCAGCUGGGGCUGGUGAUGGAACAAGAAGGCAAACUCCGGUCCUGGCUUGACAGCCUACCCGCUCACCUACAAUUCAAGGCAGUCUGUCAGAGCGAAAAGAUUCGGACACAGCAGAGCAUGCUUCGCGUUCGCUACCUGCACACGCGACUGAUGACGCACCGGCAAAAUUUGCUGUCUCUGAUACAGUGUGACCGCAAGCGACUUGACUCGCUCGAAGACGAUUUCCUACAAACGGCCGUUAUGGGAAGUGUCCGAACCUGUGCCCAGUGCGCGUGUGAUAUCACCGAGAUGGUGAAAAAUUCGGCUGCGACUCAGAACAUGGGGCCAUGGUGGUACAAUGUGCAAUUUAUUUUCACCUCACUCGGAAUCCUCUUUGCCGUCCAAACGAGAGCCGCGAUCGCCGAACACGUCGACAUCGAAGGCGUCACCUCUGCCGUUGACUCCGCAUUGGACUAUUUGCGGCUUCUGGGUGAUGUCAAUGGGGUCCUGGUCCGGUGUCGAAGUUAUUUUGAAUCGUUGAAAGCACGAACCGAGACUAGAAAAAGGUCACCAAGAGGCCUCGCUGUGAAUGAGACUACCCAAGGAGACCACGAAGCAGAAUUGACAGGACCCGGAGAAAUGCUCGGAGCCAAACCAAUAGAGAUCCCCCUCAGUAUGGAUGGGAGUGAAUAUGAUCAUGGACUUGACAAUCAUGAUCGUUGGCCUGAGGCGAACUUCGGCGGAAUUGAGAAUUUGGAAUCGGAGACAGUGGAUCUGUUCCUAGAUCACUUGAUGACAGAUUUGGACUUUGACUUUACCUGA